CUGUCCUUUUAACUAGCGCGCGUAGUUUUUUCUAGUGUUCGAUAGAUAUAGUUUACCAUAGUAAUUUGUCAGUAUUUCUAUCCUUAUUCUUUAAUACACCAUAAUCUCAAUCCGGGAACAUAAUUGGCAUAGACGUUUGUUAACAGAAUACUUUUACCUUAUAUAUAACCAUUUAAUCCAAUAAACACUCACCUUGAAUGUGGCACAUAUUCGGAUGGUGUUAUGCUAUUCAAAUCUAAUAUGAUUAUACUUCUUGCUGUAUUACUGCUUACAUUUGCUGGUAUUUCUCCAUUGGAUGCAAGCUCUAGCAUCAAUGUUUGCGAUUCACAACAGAAACUAUUCGACCCCAUUAUCGAGAGCGGAAAAGCCUUGGAAGUAUUCUACUUCGUCAAUGAUACAAAAGAAACGAUCCAGUUGACAUGGGCAGGUGAAAACAGUGGGGUUUUGAUACUAGUGACGAUGACAGAGGGGGAGUCUGGCCCGGGACUAACAUCCGACAUAUAUCGUAGUGACAAUAACGGUAAAACGUUCACAAAAAUUACGCAGCAGUUGGGUGAAAAUAUUUACAUUCGGAGAGAAAAUGGCCUUCAGCGUCAUCAGAAUCAGAGAGAUUCAAAAGAACUAUUUGUGAUAUGUUAUGAUGUGGAAAAUAUGACCAGGUCUAUGAUUUUUGUUACUGAAGAUGGGGGUUCUACUUGGGAAAGGUCUAGUGUACCAUUUGUCUUAAGUGGUCAGCUGCGUUUUUAUCCACGUGAAAGACUUUCUCCAUGGGUUUUAACUUUAGAAGAAAAAACAUCGAUUUUAUAUCUGUCACUUGAUAACGGCAAAACAUGGAAAAACAUUCACGAUAAUGUUGUGGAUUACUUUUGGUCUGUUUAUGAAAUAGAUCCAGGAGAAACAGUGUACAUACUUUAUCAUCCACAAUCCAGUAAAAAUGCAAGUGAAAGGCACAUACUAGCAAAAUCUUCUGAUUUUGGAUUAACUUGGACUGAACUGUUGAAGGAUGUUAUAAGAGUAUGGGCCCCACGUGGAGUUAAGCUCGAUAUCCCUAGACCCCAUGAUAAAAGUAGCAUUUCGUUUGAUUUGGAGACGAAGGAAGACUAUGAAACGAUAAAACUAGGACACUUUCUCUACGCAUCACACUUUUCAGAUACCAAAAACCAAACUGUACAGCUUAGUGUGUCAACUGAUGGUGGUCGGACAUUCAAUAAAGCCCAUUUGCCAACUAUCCAAGCAGAAAGGUUUUAUUCAGUUUUGGAAGUUGAAGAUGAUUCAGCGUUUGUUCAUGUGGAUGCACCUAAUGACACUGGUUAUGGAGCAUUAUUUAUAUCCGAUAUCAGUGGUGCAAUAUUUAGUGAAUCACUACGACAUCAUUUAUACCCAAAUCAUGCACCUGUGACAGAUUUCUAUCGUGUAGCAUCAAUGCGUGGUACAUAUUUGGCUACACGUUUAAAUCCAGAUCGUACAUUGUAUACAGUGAUUACACAUGAUCGUGGUGCAAGUUGGCAUCCUUUAGGAACACCGACUAAUGUUCAAGAUACUUGUCAAAGUAAACCAGCGACAUCAACGACAUCGUCAACAACGACAACAACCACAGAUGCGACGACAGAGGCAACAAUAACAGAGACUACAGUUAAUGAUGCUACUAUGUCUACUGUCAAGGUCAACAUUAAUCAUAAUAAUAAUACUAUGGGUAAUGUAGGUAAUGAAGACAUCAGUGAUGUAAUCAGUACAUCUGAUAACUCUUUGAGUUCGACAACAAAUAAUCCUUCAAGAGAUCCCGUACAGACAAAUAUCGAGAAUUCUACUCCAAGUGAAAUAUGGAGACCUGAUCCAAAUAUGAGUGAUUUAUUGUCUACAGACCCAUCAUCAGUAAAGAUUUGUGGUUUACAAAUAAGCAAUCAAUUCAGUAUUAAAAAUCGUGUUAUCGCUUCUCCACCAUUGUCAAUAGCCGCAGCACCGGGACUGAUAUUAGCUCAUGGACAUGUGGCAACACAUUUGAAAAAUACACCAGCCGAUGUAUUUGUCAGUUCUGAUGGUGGAUAUACAUGGCUUAAAGCACUUGAUGGACCACAUCAUUAUCAAAUAGCUAAUCGUGGAGGUUUAAUUGUAGCUGUCCCAGCUGAAACUCUAUGGCCAGAUGUAUUACGUUUCAGUACAGAUGAAGGUAAAUGUUGGCAUACUAUUCCUUUACGUACUGGACAAUGGAGUAUUAAUGAGUCAAAUCGAUAUCAAGUUAACAAUAAUGAAGAUGAUUCAAUGAAAAGUCAAGCUCAUCAUGAUGAUAUGUUGGAUGAUAGUGAAGAAUCUCUGGAUAAGAUUAAAUCAGCUUCAGUGAAAGUAACAGAUAUACCUUCUCCAACUGAAGGACAAAGGAUUGUUUUUGAUAAAAAUACAAUUCCUACUACCAGUGGAUCAAGUUCGGAUGCUGUCCCUCAUACAACGACCACCACAACUACUAUUACUACUUCUACUACUGUUAAUUCCAGUACACUAAACAAUAUCAAUAAUGGUACUAAUAAUAUUUCACAUAUGAGUAGUACUAUGUCAUCACCUAUAAAUCAAAUGCAUGCAGACAGUCAUCAUCAAUUUCAAACCAAUGAUGACAAAUGGUCAUCUUCAUCAUCAUCAUCUUCUUCAUCCCAGAGAACUGAUGAAAUAGUUGUGUUUACUGGAUUAGUUACAGAACCAGGUGGUCGAGCUAUGGCUGCUGCUGUGUACGGUUAUGGUACAGCUACACAAAGAUGGAGAGUAGCAGUAGUUGAUUUUCGAACAAAUGGAAUGAUCAAACGAAAAUGCACAUCUGAUGAUUAUGAAACUUGGAUACCGCACUCAUCUAAUGAAGGUGGUAAAGAUGGUUGUUUACUUGGUGUUCGUGAACAAUUCAAACGAUUGAAAAAAGAUUCUCUUUGUGCAAAUGAAUAUGAAAUGGAAACGCGUGUACAAGUGGAAUUUUGUCCAUGCACUCAAAGUGAUUAUGAGUGUGAAUACGGAUUUUAUCGUCAACCGGGAUCAUUAAAUUGUAUUCGAAAUCCAUAUAUUCCACCAUUAGAUCCUUGUACAUUACCAAGAAAACAACGUCAGACUAUUCAUCAGUUAGGUUAUCGUUUAAUACCAGGUGAUCGCUGUAUUGGUGGUUGGCAGCCUCCAGUAUGGAAUCAAACUAUUUUAGAUUUAAUCAAAUCAUGUCCAUACGAUAAUGCUGAUGAUGACGAUGAUGAUAAUUCUUCAAUUACACAUAAUUCAUCUGCAACAAUUAUUUCCAUUAUUCUACUUAUACUUGGUGUCAUGAUACUACUUAUUUUAUGGAUUAAAUCAAAUAAUCAUAGAAUGAUAAACAACACAUCAAAUUAUCGUUUUGAUAGUAGACAUUUUAAAGUAAAUACAAGUAAUGCAUUAAAUCGUUUACAUAAUUGGUUUAUACCAUGGAAAAGAAAUAAUUUCACUGGAUUUAUAAACAAUAAUAAUAAUAGUAAUAUCGAUGGUUGGAAUAAUACUGAUAGAAUGUCUUCAACUUAUAAUGAUAGUCGAACUAUUUUAUGGCCACCUACAUCUACCACUAAUCCAUCAAUGCAUAAACAAACUAUAAAUUCAAAUCUAUUCAAAACCAAUUGUAUACAAUCAAAAAUAUUCAAUAAACAAAUAAAAACUACUCAAAUGAGUAGUAAUAAUAAUGAUGAUAUUCCUCAUUUAUCAGAUCCCAAUAGGAAUAAUAAUGAUAACAAUACAAUAAUUAUACCAAAAAAGUCUAUUUCAAUUCCAACAUUCAAAAAAGGAAGUGGCAAUGUUGUACAUCAAUAUUUUCAUCGUAAUGAUACAGAUAUGACUAAUUUAUUAGAAGCAGAAGAAAUUCCAUCUACAUCUUCAUUAUUAUCAUUAUCAUCAAUGAAUAUAAUUACUACUACUACUAAUAAUAAUAAUAGUAAUACUUGUAAUUUGAAACAAACAUUCGGUGAUCCAUUAACUUCAUUUGCAUAUAAAAAUUCUUUAAUAAAAUUAUCCAAUGGAUCGACAAGGGUAUACAACAAGAAUAAUGAAUGUAAUACUUCGUCGGUUACUAAUACUGCUAGUAAUAAUAAUAAUAAUAAUAAUAAUAAUAAUAAUAAUAAUCAUUCUGGUGAAUUACAUCAAACUAUGCUACAACAAAGUACACCAUUCACUAAUCAUCAUAAAGACAUUUUAGAUCAAUAAAUGAAGAAAUAAUCCUUGACUUCACUUUAAACUCUUCCAUUACUCAUAGUUUCCAGUAUAAAGUAAAGGAAAGAGAAGAUAAUGAAAGCAAACAAUACUGACGACAACAAUAACAGUAUUAUUAAUAAUCAAAAGACGAAAUAUGAAUAUACAGAAAAAAAAAGAGAAAAUUAAGUCUUCUCCCCUUUUCUAACACUUUAUGUUAUUGUUGUUGUUGUUGCUGUUUGCUCUUUCCUUUUUUUUGUUUUCUAUUCAAUGUUCAUUUGUUCUUUUCGUUUUCAUUUGUUUUAUUUUCUCUAUUUCGAUGUUAAUACUAAUAAUGAUGAUUAAUCUCAUAUUGAAUACUCAAACACACAUAUAUAUAGGUGAUUUUUUCAUCUCAUUAGAAAUGAUGGCACUAUUACGAAAACUGUUGAUACCUAAAAAAAUGGAUUUAAUAACUUACGCUGACCAAUAAUUCAACGGUACAUAAGAUGAAAAGUUUAUUCUGAACUAGAAAGCUUUUUUGUCUUGAAAAGUAG